AUGCGCCUAAAACGAGAACCCCUAGUCCGUGGCCCCAAGGCCAACGACAACGAAGCGCAUCCGUUGGCGUCAAGUCGGGGCUUACACACAACGCUUUCUCAUGCUGGCAACCGCCACGGCGUACUGUAUUGCAUGCAUCCUGCCAGUCGCGGCUGUGCCCAUGCGACAGAAACCAUCACGAAUGUCCUCUUCGCGGACUUGUUUGAUGAGGACGAUGACGUCGACAGUUUCCUGGCAUUGGACGAAGAAGUCUUGUUUGGCAGUCCUCUAUGGGAAGGACGAGAAAACGAUUCAUUUCACACCCACAACGCACCACCACAGUCGAACGUUGCUAACCUCACAGCGGACGCGUUGCGCUGA